CUUUCUGGAAAUGAUAUUAUAUAUAAGUGUUUUUGGAUCAUGCAUUUCACGAAUCGGGUUUCUCUGGUCUUUCUUGCUUUGGCAGUCUUCCUAUUCUAUAGCUACCCACCACGACCCUUUUCUUCUUCAAAGAAUAUGGCUCAAGAAACAUACAACUCUAUUUAUGAUUUCACUGUCAAGGAUAUACGCGGAAACGAUGUGAGUCUGAGUGAAUACAGUGGGAAGGUUCUUCUAAUUGUGAAUGUUGCUUCCAAAUGUGGCUUAACACAAUCAAACUACAAGGAAUUGAAUGUCUUGUAUGAAAAAUACAAAAUCCAAGGUUUUGAGAUCUUGGCAUUUCCUUGCAACCAAUUUGCUGGACAAGAACCAGGAAGCAAUGAUGAGUUUCAAGAAGCUGCUUGCACAAUGUUCAAGGCUGAAUUUCCAAUCUUUGAUAACAUUGAGGUAAAUGGGAAGAACACAACACCUCUCUACAAGUACCUAAAAUCAGAAAAAGGUGGAUAUUUUGGAGAUGCAAUCAAGUGGAAUUUCACAAAAUUUUUGGUGAACAAGGAGGGAAAGGUUGUGGGGCGAUAUGCUCCAACUACAUCACCCCUUAAAAUUGAGAAAGACAUACAGAAUCUAUUGGGAUCUUCUUAAGAUCUUUAAUGGUUGACAAUAGCUUAUAUUUCAGUGUGUAAUCUAUAUGUUUGGUGGAGUUGAAUCAGAAGUUCAUAUGAACAUGUUGCUUAAAUUAUCAACAUGCAGAUAUUUACUUUUACCAUUAACAAUAUCUUAGCUUAAUUAGUUGUUAUUUUAUCUGUGUGAUAUGAAGUAAUUAGAUGUAGCAGAGAUACUUGGCAACAAGAAUGAACACCACACAACAGAUCAUGCAACCUUCAAUGCUUUAUUU